UCGUCAUCCAAGAAAUGUAGCAGAACCGGCCCUUCUUCCUCUGCGUUUUGGUACAGUUUCGGUGGCCAUGGCCCCUUCCCUCUCCACCAGCUUCCCUUGUCUUGUCCUUUUCCUACUCCUCUUCAUCGUUGCUCCAGCGGCUGGUGGUUAUUCUGCGCUAUUGGCUUUCGGAGACUCACUCACCGACACCGGAAACCUAGCUUACUUUGGUGGCGAUGCGAUAUCAACCAACCACCUGCCCUACGGCGAGACUUACUUCAGACAUCCUACCGGCCGCUUCUCGGAUGGCCGACUCGUCGUGGACUUUAUUGCACAAGCACUGGGGCUGCCUCUAGUAGCACCCUAUCUCGCGGGAAACAAUAGCAAGGAGCACUUAAAGCGAGGAGCUAACUUUGCCGUGGGCGGAGCCUGCGCGCUUACCGAUAUCUUCGAAGCCCAUGGGAUGAACCUUGCAUGUGCUGAGUACUCCCUCAACGUCCAGCUUUCAUGGUUCCAUGAAUACCAACGCUCUUUUCUUUCAGAAAAACUAAUACAACAAUCCGUAACGCCGGAAGCCAAGCCGUUCUUCUUCCUAGGCGAGAUGGGUAUUAAUGACUAUUGGCACUUGUUGCGCCUAGACGGAGUGAACAAAACUAACAUCCAAAGAUACGCCCCCAUGGUUGUCCGUGCAAUUGGUGCAAUGAUAGAUAGUUUGAUUCAAGGAGGAGCAGAGACCAUACUAGUAGCUGGGAUUUAUCCAUUAGGAUGCAGCCCGGUGUACCUCACAGUCUAUCAAGAAGACCGAAAUCCUAAAACUGGAUGCAUCGACUGGUUGAACGAUCUCAUAGAAUACCAAAAUCGGCUGUUGCAGCGUGAGCUGGAGCGCCUCCGAAGAACUUACCUGCAUUCCAAGAUCUUGUAUGCUGAUUACUAUGGCCCCGUAAUGCAUCUCUACUUACAUCCAGCCACAUAUGGUAUAGACGAGACAUUGGUCGCAUGCUGUGGAGGCGACGGGCCGUACAACUUCUCAUUGUCUGCCGUAUGCGGGAGCCCACUCUCGAAUUUGUGCAGCGAUCCAUCAAGGUACGUUUCCUGGGACGGAUUGCAUCUCACAGAGGCAGCUCAUGCUAUAGUGGCUCGUCACAUAUUGAAAUCUUUUGAUGCCAAAAGUACUCCCCGAACGAUCAGAAGCUUAAGGCAGGCAAACGAGGCAAAUAAUGGCGUCCAGUAAACUUGUAGACGCCUGUCUAUGUUACAAUUCAUCUGAUCGAUUAAGUGCUUUGUAGUGAAUAAAAGGAUGCCUGGAUCUUGUAUACGAUCAUGCCCAAAUAAAAAGAUUUAAAACAACCAACUUUAUGAAACAUG